UGUGCACAGCCUACCAUGGCCACAUCUGGCAGGAUCAGUUUUACGGUGAGGAGCAUUUUGGAUUUACCAGAGCAGGAUGCUAAUAGCAUAAAGCAAGCCUCUGACCAUCACCACUCAGCGGAGAACUACACCGGCUCGCCGUACCGAGGGUGGAUAGAAACAGACAGAAAUCACUAUCCCUCUUCCGACGAGAGCGGCCCGGAGCCGAGCUUGCCCGACUCCACCCAAAGGUCGCUCCCCGCCCGCGGCUCGGAGGCCGAGGAGAAGAAGAAGAAGCGGCGGGUGCUCUUCUCCAAGGCGCAGACGCUGGAGCUGGAGCGGCGGUUCCGGCAGCAGCGGUACCUCUCGGCGCCGGAGCGGGAGCAGCUGGCCCGGCUGCUCAGCCUCACCCCCACCCAGGUGAAGAUCUGGUUCCAAAACCACCGCUACAAGAUGAAGCGGGCGCGGAGCGAGGCCCCCGGCAGCCCCCCGCCGCGCCCGCCCGCCCUGCUGCGCCGGGUGGUGGUGCCGGUGCUGGUGCGGGACGGCGAGCCCUGCCGCGGCUGCCCCGCCAGCCCGCCGCCGCCCGCCGCCCGCCCCAAGCUGGGCUGCGCCCUGGCCGGCUGCAGCGCCCAGGCCGCCCUCGCCCUGCAGGGCUACCGGGCCUGCCCGCCCGCCUCCGCCGCCGCCCUCGGCGUCUUCCCCGCCGCUUACCAGCACUUAGCGCACCCCGCCGUCGUCUCCUGGGGAUGGUGA